AUGAGCAGGACACACGACGUCGUCUUCCGUUACGCACCGAUGGACUUGCUCAUGAACUACGCGAAGGAAUCCAUCAAUCCCACGCAACUGCCAAAUAUCACGGGCUUCCACCCAAGAGACUUUCUCAUCUCAAUUCUCUCCCGAGAAGAGGUGGUCAAGGCUCUCAACCCCAAGCACGAGGCGACUACGAACUUCAACAUGUCCAGCCAGUACCUAUCUAUGGAACCUCCAUCUCCUCCUCCUGAACGCGCACGGGAUCGCUGUCCCCUAUGCGCAACUUAUUAA